AUGACUUCCAUUCCUCCUACUACAGAUGCUAUCACCACUCCCACAACAACAAAUAAUACCACUACUGCCACCACCACUACUCCCCUCCGCUAUAUCCGUUACAAUGCCGCCCACGAAGACACCUACGUCCCCGCCAUGCGCCAAUUAAUCUCCAAAGACCUCUCCGAACCCUACAGUAUUUAUGUCUACCGCUAUUUCCUCUACCAAUGGGGCGAUCUCUGCUUCAUGGCCAUGGACGACAACAACUCCGAGCUCCAAUCCUCCUCACCAAUGGUCGGCGUCGUCGUGAGCAAACUGGAGCCGCAUCGCGGGGGCCCCUUACGCGGAUACAUCGCCAUGUUAGCCGUGCGCGAGGAGUAUCGGGGCCAGGGGAUAGCCACGAAAUUGGCUCGUAUGGCCAUUGAUGCUAUGGUGGAGAGAGGAGCGGAUGAGAUCGUGCUUGAAACCGAAACCACCAAUACCGCCGCGAUAAAACUCUACGAGCGACUCGGGUUCCUGCGGAGUAAGCGUCUGCAUCGGUACUACUUGAAUGGCAACUCGGCGUAUCGGCUUGUGCUGUACUUGAAGGAAGGGGUUGGGUCGAUGCGGACGAAUAUGGAUCCGUAUGCUCAGCGAACAGGGCCGCCUUACCCCUUGAUUGAGGAUAGAACGGACACGGUGGUGACCGCGCCGGAGCCGGCGUUGACGCAUGAAAAUGGGAAGUGGUAG